AUAGGAAGCUUGCUUGACUUCCUCAAGGAAGGUGAUGGAAAAUACUUGAAGCUUGUCUUGCUGGUAGACAUGGCGGCAAAGAUCGCUGAUGGCAUGGCUUUCAUCGAGAGGAUGAAUUACAUUCACCGGGAUCUUCGCGCUGCCAACAUCCUUGUGGGUGAUAACCUGGUGUGCAAAAUCGCUGACUUUGGCCUGGCCAGGUUGAUAGAGGACAAUGAAUACACUGCCAGGCAAGGAGCUAAAUUCCCCAUUAAAUGGACGGCCCCAGAGGCUGCGCUGUACGGCCGCUUCACCAUCAAAUCAGACGUCUGGUCCUUUGGCAUCUUACUCAUUGAGCUUGUCACCAAAGGCAGAGUGCCCUACCCAGGUAUGGUGAACCGGGAGGUGCUGGAGCAGGUGGAGCGAGGCUAUCGCAUGCCUUGCCCCCAGGGGUGCCCCGAGUCCCUGCACGAGAUGAUGAAUCUCUGCUGGAAGAAGGAGCCAGAUGAGAGGCCCACUUUCGAGUACCUCCAGUCCUUCCUAGAGGACUACUUCACCGCCACAGAGCCACAGUACCAGCCUG